GGCGGGAGUCCCAGAGCGCCUUGGCCUUGUAGGUGAAGGUCAUUCUUGGGAAGAACUCUGGAUAAGAUAACACAAUGCAUGUAAUGAAGGCUCAGGUCUUAAGAUCCCAUUUGAUCAAUGCUUCAUUGACUCCUGCUGUAGUGAAAAUGCUGCCGUACCUUAGUGUCAUCAGAAGCAGGAUGAUGUCUACCCAUAAAUCCAAAAAGAAAAUGAGGGAAUAUUUUAAGCUGCUGAAUCUAGAUGAAGGCUGCUCUGCAGAUGAUGUCAGGGAAUCUUUUCAUAAACUUGCCAAACAAUACCAUCCAGACAGCGGCUCUACUAAUGCUGAUUCUGCAGCAUUUAUAAAGAUUGAAGAAGCUUAUAGGAAUGUGCUUUCCCAUGUAAUUGAAGAAGCCAAUGCCAGACGGAACAAAGUUGAAGAAGCAGAAGAAGAAGAAAAUAUGAAAUACAAUACACCCCAACACCGACACUAUUUAAGCUUUGAAGGUAUUGGCUUUGGGACCCCCAGUCAACGAGAGAAGCAGUAUAGGCAAUUUAGGGCAGACCGGGCUGCUGAGCAAGUGAUGGAGUAUCGAAAGCAGAAACUGCAAAGGCAGCAUUUCACUAACAGCUUAACUGUUCAAGAUGUGAGACACAGUAGAGAACAGAAGAUCACGCAAGCCAUUGAGCGAUUAGUGGAGGACCUCAUUCAGGAAUCAAUGGCAAAAGGAGACUUUGACAAUCUCAGUGGGAAAGGAAAACCUCUAACAAAGUUUUCUGGCUGUUCAUAUAUUGACCCCAUGACGCACAACCUGAACAGAAUAUUGAUAGAUAAUGGAUACCAACCAGAGUGGAUCUUAAUGCAAAAGGAAAUAAUGGAUACCAUUGAGCAACUCAGAGAAGCAAUUUUAGUGUCGAGGAAAAAGCUUGGGAACCCAAUGACACCAAUGGAACAGCAACAGUGGAAGCAGGUUUGUGAGCAGUUCCAAGAAAACAUCAGAAAACUCAACAAGAGAAUUAAUGAUUUUAAUUUAAUAGUCCCCAUCCUUACCAGGCAGAAAGUGCAUUUUGAUGCACAGAAAGAAAUUAUCAGAGCCCAGAAGAUGUAUGAGUCCUUGAUAGAAACCAAAGAAGUCACUGAUAAAAUCUCCAAUGACAUGAAUCCAGAAGAAGGGAAAACAGCUGGAAGCAGGGCAGGUGUUUUAAACUGGUGGAAUCUCUGGAAAUUUAUUAAAAUCUGACCAUUUUGAUGUGUGUGGAAACUAUAAGAAAGUGAGUCAGAGAUGUCUUCAAUCAGCUUUUCUCUGAGGAUAUACCAAGAAAGGAAGAGAAAUCAUUUAAGAAAAGGAAUAAUCCAUUUCAGGGUUUAUAUGUUAAGUCUCUAGGUAGAAUGGUCAACAACUAUGACUCACACAUAGGAAUCAUACAGAGAAUUCCAGAAGUCUUAGAAUAAUUUUAAGCUUUAAUAAAAGCAGCCAUUGCUUGCCAUUUUCAAACAAGUACUUAAAAACAAAAUAUGUAUUUUCAAACCACUGAAGUUAUAAUGAAAUGUAACCUACUGCACCUCCUAAUGAUACAUACUUUGUACAAGUUUGGUGGAUGUUUAUUCCUGAACUUUUUUUUUUUUGCCAGUCCUGGGACUUGAACUCGGGGCCUAAGCACAGUCCCUGCCUUCCUUUUGCUCAAGGCUAGCACUGUACCACAUGAGCCACAGCACCACUUCUGGCU